AUGCUAAAGGUCUUAGAAUAUGCUGCAUCUUGUUCAAGGGAUGAAGAUUGUGAUGCAGAGAACAUCAACCUUUUCCUUCUGAGCUUCUUUGAUGCGCCUUUACGAUCAGAUCUCUGCUCGACUGAGGUUAUCACCCUUGAAAGUCAAAUUCGAGCCAUCCAGGCUUUUGAUGUUCUGCUCCAGCUUCAGGGUCAGCUACAUUCAUGGAGUGCAGUAUAUAGUAUACUCCUUGAGCAGCUCCUUCCCAAGGAAUGUAAUCAUUUCAAGGAUCAGGUAGAAACACGAGUCAAGGCAUUUGAGCUGUCACAUAACUAUGCCAGGGAAGCCAUGUUACGGCUACGAGGACCUGGAAGAUGGGAGGACACUUUCCGCCCUCUCAAGGCUGAGGACAUCCGAGGAUUUGGAGAGCAUACACUUCGAGUGGAAGAGGUUGAGGAGUUACGACAAUCUUAUGAGCGAGCAGGAGUCAGUAAGGAAGCAAUUGUUCAGGCUCUUGAUGGUCCUAAUGCGCCUACUAUAACCCAUCAUCCUCUGCUUAACCGUGGCGAGACUAACGUGCCGAUGAUUUCGUGGAUUUGGUAUGUGGUAUGGCCAGUUAACAUAGAGGGCGAGGCUUCACCACCGGUCACUCAACCACAGACAUGGAUGGUAUAUUGA